AUGUUCGUUUUUGUGGUGGUGUUUUUGGGGUUCAUUGGCAUCAUAGUCGGAGGGCCAGCGUUAUUACAAGUGCCAUCAGAUAACGAAGUGCUGACAUAUGACUUUCCAUUCGUGACGAGGUCACAAUGGGGGGCGAAGACUGCUAAACAGAAGCUAUCACUCCAUACACCAGUCCCGUACGUGGUGAUUCACCACUCCUACACACCAGCUGCCUGCUAUGACAGCGCUCAGUGCCAGAAAGCGAUGCGUAGCAUGCAAGAUUUCCACAUGAAUGACAGAGGCUGGUGGGACAUAGGAUACCACUUCGCAGUUGGCAGUCAAGGUGUGGCUUACGAGGGACGGGGUUGGAAUGUAUUGGGAGCGCACGCACUGCAUUUCAAUACCGUUAGCAUUGGGAUAUGCUUAAUCGGUGACUGGUCGAAUACGUUGCCACCGCCGGAACAAAUAAAAACAGCCAAGACCCUGAUCGCGACGGGUGUUGAACUUGGCUACAUAAAACCAGAUUAUAAAUUAGUGGGGCACAGGCAAGUGCGCGACACAGAAUGCCCUGGGAGCGUGCUGUACCGAAAUUUGAAGACCUGGGAGCACUACGUUCCUUUUCCCGCCUCGCAGAAGGACUUGAUCCACGUGGCGGAGCUCUCCGAAAAUGUCAAAAAGGCGUUGAGAAAGGAAAACGUGGGGCCGGAGAGGCUGGCGGGCCGUACAUCCGUCCGGUUAGGAGCGGUCGGCGGGCUCGCCCUUACCACAGUAACCUCUAAAGGAAACAUGUUUGUACUGUCUCGUGAAAAAACAGCUGUAAAUAUUGUACAUAAAGAUAUCCUGUAU